GCCACGUCUCCCUCCCGCCCCGCCCAGCCCGGCACCGCCUCCCUCCUCCUCCUCCCUUUCCCGGCCUCUUCCCCGCCACCUCUUCCCGGGGAAGGGACGAGGGCGGCCGGAGCGCGGCACGUAUCCGCCGCCAUGCAGAUCACGCUGAAGACGCUGCAGCAGCAAACCUUCCGCAUCGAUAUCGACCCGGAGGAGACGGUGAAGGCACUGAAAGAGAAGAUUGAAUCAGAAAGGGGGAAAGAUGCCUUUCCAGUAGCUGGCCAAAAACUAAUUUAUGCAGGUAAAAUCCUUAAUGAUGAAACUGCUCUUAAAGAAUACAAGAUAGAUGAGAAGAACUUUGUGGUGGUUAUGGUGACGAAACCCAAAGCAGCAGCUGGAGCGACUCAGCCAUCAAAUGCCACUUCCACUGUUGGCUCAACAACUGCAGCUCCCACUGCGGUUGCUGCACCAAUCCCUGUUCCUGCCCCUGUGCCAGCUCCUGUCCCUCCACCACCAGCAUCAGAUGCAGUGUCUUGUGAACCUGCAUCUGUGAGCGCUCCAAAAGAGGAGAAGCCAGAAGAAAAACCACCUGAGGCACCAGCUCCUGUCAGUCCAUCAUCAAUUGACAGUACAACAGGUGAUACAUCUCGAUCAAAUCUUUUUGAGGAUGCAAUAAGUGCACUUGUGACUGGUCAGUCCUAUGAGAACAUGGUGACUGAGAUCAUGUCCAUGGGCUACGAGCGGGAGCAGGUGAUUGCAGCACUGAGGGCCAGCUUCAACAAUCCUGACAGAGCAGUGGAAUACCUCCUCAUGGGUAUACCUGGAGAUAAUCAGGCUGUGGCUGACCCCCCUCAACCACCAAGCACUGGUGCUUCUCAGUCUUCAGCAGUGGCAGCAGCAGUAGCAACCAUACCCACGACUACUAGCUCACUAGGAGGGCAUCCACUUGAGUUUUUACGAAAUCAGCCUCAGUUCCAACAGAUGAGACAAAUUAUCCAGCAAAAUCCUUCUCUGUUGCCAGCAUUGUUACAGCAAAUUGGACGGGAAAACCCCCAACUACUGCAGCAAAUAAGCCAGCACCAGGAACAUUUUAUUCAUAUGUUGAAUGAGCCAGUUCUAGAGUCUCGCCAAGGCAGUGACGAUGGUGCCAGCACUGGAGGAAUAGGAGAUGCUGGGAAUGCUCAUAUGAAUUACAUUCAAGUAACACCUCAGGAAAAAGAAGCUAUAGAAAGGUUAAAGGCAUUAGGAUUUCCAGAAGGACUUGUGAUACAGGCAUAUUUCGCUUGUGAGAAGAACGAAAACCUGGCUGCCAACUUUCUUCUACAGCAGAACUUCGAUGAAGACUGAGAGAAUUCUUUCUCUAUUUCACACCUCACACCAGUGCAUUACACUAACUCUGUUCACUGGAUUGUCUAGGAUAUUUGGGCUUAUAUUCAUAAUGCUUGGUGUACGGCAUAUAGGGGGUGGGUGGAAGGGAGAACAUAGGAAACAAAGCAAAGAAAGCAACAAGUUUUAACUUUCUGUUUAAAAUUAGCAGAUGCAGAAAAUCGCACAGUGUAAAAAAAAAUAUAUAUACAACCAAAAAAUCAGCUUCUGCAGAUAGUUAGUUCCUUCUAUAAACUGUAGGUUAACUUUUUCUAGGUUUUCACUCUUACUGUACUAGUUCCAGAAAUGUAGUGUAAUGCACUGCUUCAUGUUCCUUCCCACUUAGUAUUGACAUUGGAAGUAGCCUGUGCUACCUAGAUUUUACAGUCUGUAUUUCAUGACAACACUGGAUAGCAGCUUUGUGAAAUCUAAAAGAUCUGAGAAAAUGUAAUCCUGAAUGCCAAGAUAGGGAUGUUCAGGUUUUUUUCUUCAGCUGUGUUAAAGUAGUGCAAGAAACACAGUAUUUUUGUCUAAUGCUGAAGUAGAACAGUGUUGGCUUUUUUCUUUUUUUCCAAUGAAAACCUAUUACAGUUAAGUGUCCUGAUUAUUGAGAAACACCACCCCCUCCUUUGUCCCCCUGAAAUGAUCUGAGAAACUAUAUACAUACAGAAAAAAAUUAUUAUCCUGUUUACAUACUUUCUCUUUGGGAAAAAAAAAAUUAUAGAUAUCUAAUUACUGUUCUCUUAAUGUUAUCUUGCAGUAAAAAUUUUAAAAGCAAUA